AUGAUUCUGCCAGCACUGAUUUGUCUCUUUCACCUGGCCAACGCCGAUGUGCCAUGGUGGAAGUCAAACAUACUGUACCAAGUGUACCCGAGGUCCUUUGGCGACUCGGACGGCGAUGGAAACGGUGAUAUAAAAGGGAUCAUCAGCCAUGUUCCAUAUCUUCAUGACAUUGGCAUUGGUACCAUCUGGCUCUCUCCUAUAUACGAUUCUCCUUGGAAAGACAUGGGUUACGACAUAUCUGACUACCGUAAAGUAAAUCCUAUCUAUGGUACCGUUGCUGAUCUGGAGAAUCUCAUAAAAGAGCUUCACAAUUACGGAAUGAAAUUAUUUUUGGACCUGGUGCCGAACCACACCAGCGACGAGCACCCUUGGUUCAACGCCUCCAGGUACAGGCAGGACGGCAAAGAUGAUUAUUAUGUGUGGAAAAACCCCAAAGGUUGGGACGGUGCUACACCCUUACCGCCAAGCAAUUGGAUGAGCAUAUUUGGAGGCAGUGCAUGGACCUACGAUAAUGUUAGAAAGCAGUUUUAUCUCCACCAAUUUGGAGACUAUCAACCUGAUCUAAAUUACAGAAACAAAGAAGUUGUGUACGAAAUGCAGCAAAUUAUGAAAUAUUGGUUUGACAAAGGACUUGAUGGAUUCCGGGUCGAUGCCAUCCCCUUCUUGGUCGAAGAUGCAGAGUUAAGAGAUGAAGAAAUAUACCCGGAUUGCCAUCAAAAGAUAGUAGCCAAUUGCGUGAAUCACAUUUACACUGAGAAUCGGCCUGAAACUUACGAAGUGAUGAGGGAAUUCGAUGAUUUUCUUAAACAAUAUGACGGCACUAACCCGAAGUAUUUAUUUCUCGAAGCCUACGCAUCUUUAGAACAGACAGUCAAAUAUAAUCAGCCACACUCUUCUCCGUUCAAUUUCGAAUUGAUCCAAAAGUUCAGAAAGGAAUCGAAUGCAACUGAACUCAAAAACAUAAUUGAUACUUACAUGGCAACUCUGAAUAAUGAUACUUGGCCAAACUGGGUGAUCGGUAACCACGACAACUCGAGGAUCGGGAGCAGGAUGGGCACGGAGAUGGUGGACGCCUUCAACAUGAUGAUCCUGAUGUUGCCAGGGGCCUCGGUUACCUACAACGGCGAGGAAAUCGGAAUGCUGGACACCUUCGUCAGGAAGGACAGGUUGGUGGACACAACUGGCAGGGACCCUGAGAGGACUCCUAUGCAAUGGAACACCAAGAAAAACGCAGGUUUUUCAAAUGCAUCGACGACUUGGCUGCCAGUAAAUCCCAACUAUUACAAAAUCAACGUCGAAACUGAAUCUAAAUCUGAUAACAGCCAUUUAAAUAAAUACAAAAGGCUCGUUCAAGCAAGAAGUAAUUUUAUACAGUCCAAGGAUCUACAAACAGUAACCUUCGGAGACUGGGUUUUUGCAUUCAAAAGGAAAACUGGAAACCACGAAUACUAUGUUAUCAUAAAUUUAAAUGACAUCGAGGAAUCAGUUGAUUUGAAGUCAAAGUUCGACAAGUUGCCUGGAACCCUGUACGUUCACACACCAUCGCAAAACGCUCUGUACAAUAUCGGAGAUAAAAUUGAUACAUCAUCCAAGGUAACCAUUUACCCGAGAUCGGCCUUAGGAUUGUCGGCUGCUUCUUCUAUCAACCUUGCAGUUUCACUUGGUUUGCUAAUUGGAGCACUUUGGUUGUUCAUCUUUUCCAAUCGCCAUCUUGUUUGA